AUGGACGAGAAGCCCAGUGUGAUGGAACCUCUAAUGUCGUACCACCUCGCCCGUGACCCAGAGCCCAGAGUGAAGCCCAAGGAAAUGAGAAAGUUGGCUCCCCUCACAUACGCGCUCACACCACUUCAAUCCCUCCUGCUGCGGAGAUGGAGACCACAAUGGGUCUGCCAAAGCUGCAGGUCUAUACGACAGCCAUGGCGGGCUCUGGCAACCUCGACAACACCGGCUGAACAGGAGAAGCCAUACUAUGUCACCACGCCGAUAUUCUACGUCAAUGCCGCCCCUCAUGUCGGGCACAUGUAUACUAUGAUCCUGGCCGAUGUGCUGAAGAGAUGGCAAGAGCUGAAAGGACGGAAAGCGGUGCUUCUGACAGGGACCGAUGAACAUGGUAUGAAGAUUCAGCGGGCUGCAGCGAAGGCAGGCAUAGACCCCAAAGAGUUCUGCGACAGUGGUGCGGAGGUCUUCAAGACACUGUCGGGCCAGGUGGAUAUGAGCAAUGAGAUCUUCAUUCGGACAACGGACAAGCACCAUGUGGAGGGCGUGGAAUACGCGUGGCAGAUGCUUGAGGAGAGGGGAUACAUCUACGAGAGCAAGCAUGAGGGUUGGUAUAGCGUGUCUGAUGAGACAUUCUAUCCUCACAGCCAGGUGCACUUGAUCGUGGAUCCACCCACGGGGAGGAAGAUCAUGGCGAGCAUUGAGACGGGAAAGGAAGUGGAGUGGACCAGUGAAAGGAACUACCACUUUCGAUUGAGUGCAUUCAGAGACAAGUUACUGGAGUUCUACGACAAGAACCCCAAAUACAUCGUUCCGAAGAACAGAAUGGAAGAUGUGGUGAGACAGGUCAAGACUGGGCUGGAAGACCUCUCGAUUUCGCGGCCCGCAGACCGGCUCACAUGGGGCAUUCGUGUGCCUACGGACUCCUCACAGACGAUCUAUGUCUGGCUUGAUGCUUUGCUCAAUUAUGCCACCGCCGUUGGCUACCCGUUCACGCCAGGCCAAGAGUCCAAAGGUGGCUGGCCGGCUGAUGUCCAGGUCGUAGGCAAGGACAUUAUUCGAUUCCACUGCAUCUACUGGCCGGCCUUCUUGAUGGCCCUGGAUCUACCAAUCCACAAACAAGUCCUCACUCAUGCCCACUGGACGCUCGGUAGGCAGAAGAUGGCGAAGAGUACUGGUAAUGUCGUCAAUCCCUUCUUUGCUCUUGAAAGAUUCGGCAUCGAUGUUAUGCGCUGGUUCCUGAUUCAUGAUGGCGGUAUUGAACAAGAUGCUGACUACGACAACACCUACAUCAUCAAGAAAUACAAGAAAAGUCUACAAGGCGGCCUGGGCAACCUUGCAUCUCGGGUCAUGGGCGGCAAGAGUUGGGAUGUGGAGCGCGCUGUGAAGAGGUAUGCUCAUCCGGACCAGAAGCCUACCUCGUCCAGCAUCUUCCAAGAGUUGGACGACAAUGGACGUCAAUUUCACCAUGAGAUUCGCCAUAUGCCAGGUGUCAUCGACGGGCAGAUGACGGGUCUGCACCCGAAUCGGGCGCUGCAGGAUAUCAUGCGAGUUGUGUACUCGGCGAAUGCUUUCUUCCAGCAAGCGGCGCCGUGGCUUAUCGCCAACAAGCUCCGUUCUGCCAUGGCGGACACUACGGGACAAGAAUUGCGGAUGCUUGAUGACGAGCGAAAGGUGCAAGGAGGGGAAUCGGUGGAGUUGAUGGAAGCGGAGAUCGAUCGAUCCAUCUAUCUCAUCACAGAGACCUUGAGGAUUACGGGCAUUUUGCUGCAGCCGUUCAUGCCGAGUUCUGGAGAGCGGCUGCUGAACAUGCUUGGUGUUGGCCAAGAUAGGAGGAGCUUCGAAUGGGCGGAAGUGGGCAAGGAUGAUAGUUACGGUGUGCCAAUGGAAAAGAUCGAGAAGGGGGAUAAGGGGCUGUUCCCGCAGCUGACGAGCGACUUCUAG